AUGAAUAAGGAAAGAUCCAGCUCAACGCUGCAUAACACGAGUAGGUGCAGAGCGCAUUCGCAGGUACUGUGCGACGGUGAAUUUUCGCAAGGCUUCUCGGCGCCCCACCUGCGUGCGUAGGCGCCGCUGCCUCACUCCGCAACACUUAUUGUUAGUUGUAUAGUGCACCCCGCGCCGACCUGUGUCGCGCACUCACGCUGCCACAAACUAUGUGCACCCGAAUCAAACGAUCUGUGAUAUAGUGAUAAGUUUAUUUAAUUAAGUGAUACGAGUGACUUAAGUGCCCAAAAGAAAGAUGACUCAUAAAAUAGCUCUAUACUACUUCGUAGUAGCAUUGACUACGCCACUUCUUGUACAAAGUAUAUCAGUGCUGGGUCCAAGAGUGCUGCGGCCGUUCAACUCAUACACGGUGGCAAUAGCUGGUGGCUCCCGGGCGUAUACCUUAUAUGUAGCUGUGGAGGGCCGUCGCGCCAAUGGAGAGCAGUUCACAAAGGGACGGGAAGUACAGGUCCCAGCUGCUGCAUCCAGACUUAUAGAACUUGAAAUCGGUGACCCUGGGCCCGGGCAGUACUCGCUGGUGGCGCGGUCAACCUCAGGCCCGCUAUUCUCAUCGUCGUCACCGUUGCUCUACCAACCGCGCAGUUUCGCCGUCUUCGUGCAGACCGACAAACGUGUCUACCAACCCGGAGACACUAUUAACUUUAGGGUCAUCGCCUUAGACAAGUACCUGCUGCCGCUGUCGUCGACGGUUGAUGUCAGCGUGCUGGAUACCGGGGGCUCGCCUAUAAGACAGUGGGCAGGCGCUGAACUGGACCGGGGAGUACUCACGGAGGAGUUGGUGCUAGCUGAUGAACCGGCUCUUGGAGAAUGGACGAUACAGGUGGAGGUUCGUGGGCAGAAGUACUCUCGCCAAGUGUUGGUCGCAGAUUAUGUGCAGCCAAGGUUCCAUAUGGACAUGCAGAUGCCCAAGGAAAUCCUCUUCACAGAUGGCAGAUUCGACAUCAACGUUACCGCUAAGCAUUUCAACGGUGUACCAGUCCGCGGUGAACUAACUAUAUCUGCGUACCCCGUGUUCUUCUCUGGGGUAUUACAGCCCGUAGUGGCAGCGCCCACAAGGAAAGUGGUCGAUAUGAACGGCCAGGCACAAGUAACGUUUGACCUCAAAACUGACCUAGACCUAGCUGAGGAUGCAGCGAGGCCACUGGUUGUAGAAGCUGUAAUUGAGGAGAAAGAUACGCUAAUAAAACAGAAUGUAUCAUCCCGGAUUCUUCUUUUAAGAACACCUUAUAGAUUGAAGGUGACAGCGCCGGAUUACUUCAAACCUACUCUGCCUUACAUCGUACAGAUCGAACUAGUGGAUCCAUCAGGGCAAGUGAUGGCUACCGAUGGGGAGGUGACGGUAGAGCGGCUGUGGGACGACGGCGCUCCGGUCAACGUCACCACCGUGACCAUGAGUAAAGGCAUCGCCACAUAUACGCUUGUGCCGGACAACGGACAUGUGAACUCCACACUUAACUUAGUGGUAAAAUACAAAGAGGUGACAGAACGUGUAGUCAACGUACAACGAAACGAGUACUCUUUCGGUCAGUUCUUAACAGCUGAGAUUCUAACUCGAGGCACAGGAGUGGGAGAUGAGAUGCGAGCACGCAUCACCGCGACAGAACCUAUGGACUUGGUGCAUUACGCCGUUAUAGGACGCGGUGACAUCAUUGUCGCUAAGACUGUCGAGUUGAGUCCAGCUCGGCGUAGCGUGGACAUUUCGGUAUCGGUGACGUCACGCAUGUCUCCCGGCUGCGUGCUGGUGGCGUGGUAUCCACGUCUUGACGUUAACAGCCUGCUCUCUGCUGCUGUUUAUGCUCCACACUCCAACCUGCUGCAGAACGAGGUGUCCGUAUCUCCAGUAUCAAGCAGUGGUGCAGGAGUAAAACCCAACACAUUAGUAGAACUGCGAGUAUCAGGUGACGCGGGCGCAUAUGUAGCACUUUUAGCUGAAGAUACCAACGCCAUCAAAGCUGGUCUCGCUAACCAGAAUGGAUUAGGAAACGGACUUGAUAUGCAUACGGUGGAACGCGAAGUGGAAAGCUUCAGUGGUUUAUCGUAUUCCGUAUUCAAAAAUGAAGACCAUCUACCUGGAAUGGGAUUGGAUUUGGGAGGCUACACUGCUUCUGAUGUUUUCAAAAACGCAGGAGUUGUCAUUCUAACAGAUGGCGUAGUAGUCAAAAGUAAUCCCGAUGGAUCGCAUCCAACACCGGCUCCUCUAGAGACCGGUACAAGGGCCCCACAGGCUGGACCAUAUGCGUUCAGUCGGCUACCACCGCCGCCGUCACCACGAUACUACUUAACCGUUAACCCGCAACCCACCUGGAUGCUCGCCAAUCUUACUAUUGGCAAUGAUGGAACCGGAGCAAAAGAACGCUGGACAUCAGUUACUGCAGGAGAAUUCUCAAUCGGCGCUUUCUCCGUUCACCCUACCCUGGGUCUCGGUUUAGCUACCCCACAGAAGUUUACCACCUCUGUGCCUUUGUCAAUGACUGCUGAAUUACCUACUACAUUGCAACGAGGAGAGUCAGUGGCUGCAGUCAUUAUCUUGAAGACAACGUUAGCUGUGGACACGUCGGUCGAGGUCACUUUCUACAACAGCGAUCAAUACUUCGAAUUCGAACCACUCGACAACGAACUUGAUUCAGCGAAAAAGAUCGAGUUAUUCCGUCGCGAGCGCGUGACGGUGCCGGCUCGAGGGUCAGUGAGCACGGCGUUCCUCGUCACCGCAGUACGCAGCGGCGACGCACCUAUCAUUGUGGAGGCCAGUGGCAACGGCGUCUCUGACUCGCUCUUCAGAACCAUUCAAGUCAAGGAUGGUUACGAAGAAGACUUAUUUGCGUGGAGUCUCCUAGACGCCCGCCGCGGUGUUGCCCGAGCUAACGUGACGUUAGAUGUGCCGGCCGGGAUAAAGGCAGGGGCUACUUCCCUGCAAGCCACAGGAGACCUACUGUCAGGAGCCCUACAGGCAGUGAGGGAGCCGCCGGGACCCGCCGCAGAUCCUGUGCAUGCAGUCAGACCACUUGCACUUGCUUGUGUGCUACUCGACUAUUUACAGGCUUCUGGUCAAGAAGAGGUUGCGACAACGAAGGAAGCGCGAGAACUGGCAGCUAUCGGCUAUCAGCGUUUGAUGGCGUUCCGACGACCUGAUGGAUCGUUUGCUGCUGAAAUUGAUUCAGAAGCUCCCGGAGAUGUUUGGAUGACGUCAGUAGCACUCCGCUGGCUGUCGCGCUGCGCUCGCUACGUGCGCGUGGAGCCCGAGGCGGCCCGCAGCGCGGCGGGCUGGCUCGCGCAUGCGCAGGAGGGCUCGGGCGGCUGGCCUGCGCCCGCACCUUCCACUCGCACGUCGCCGCACGCGCAGGCACCGCUGCCGUUAGCUGCGUACGCACUCGUUGCAUUGCACCAGACUAAGGGCAGCGAUGUUUUAUACAAAAACAAUAUAAACAAAGCGAUCGACUACCUGGCACGCGGUGUUUCUCCCGACAUGGACGCGUACUCCCUGGCAGUCAUCGCUGGAGCGUUUGCAGUCGCCAGACAUCCACAACUCACGCAGACGCUGGAAAUGAUGGAUAAAUACGCUAACACCACAGGUUCCACCCUAUUCUGGUCCCGUACACUAUCCGGCAACGAGUGGCGCAACCCAUGGCUGAAGGGCAACAGUCUAGAAGCUACCACAGCCGCGUGGGGGCUGCGAGCAAUGUUGGCGGCGCGGCUACUGGACGAAGCUACACCCGUUGUAAGAUACCUGCUGCAGGCUUACCUGCCGCACGAUCCUGAUCCUGAAGUGAUGGACUCGUUGGCACAGUACGCUGAAAUGGUGAAAACGUCAUCUAAACUCCGAGUGUCGGUGAACGUGACCGGCUCCGAUGAGGCAAGACAGUUCCAAAUCGGCGAGAACAAUGCGCUCGUCAUACAGACUAAACCGAUCCGCGCCAGCAGAUCAGUAAGCGCAGUAACAGAGGGUCGUGGACUCGGCCUGCUGGGUCUGUCGGCGCGUGGGGCUACCAAUGUGACGGCGCCAUGGCCACGCUACACUCUCGAUCCUAGAGUCGACCAAGUAUCCACCAAGGAUAGAUUACAACUCUCUGUUUGUUUUGGGUUCGUGGCACAAGGGAAUGAGACUGAGAGUGGCCUGACGUUGCUUACUGUGCAACUGCCGUCAGGAUAUUUGGCAGACAUAGACACGCUCACAGAGUUGACGUCCGUCCGUCACGUGGUAUGGGCUCGCCUGUCCGCGGGCGGGUCGCGGGUGCUGGCCGGCGUCCGCGCGGCGCGUGCGGAGCGCUGCGCCACGCUGGCGGCGGCGCGAGCGCUGUCCGUCGCCCGGCAGCGCCCCGCCUGGGCCACCAUGCAGGAUCUCUAUGAUUCAAGUCACCGCGCUCGAGUAUUCUUCUCAGCAGUACCAGCGAGUGCAUGCGACGUGUGCCGCGUGUGGGCGUCGUGUGCACGCGCGUGCGGCGCGGCUCAGCAACAAGUGUCCGGCUCCGACACUCCGGCGCACGUGGCGCCCGAUGCCGCGCAUACGCAUGUCUUAGCUCCAGUAGUGAUUGUACUUGCGACGACGUUACUUUUACUAUAGCCAAUAGUACUCAACAUCUAGGACUAACAGUUACGCCGUUUGUCCACCGCCGCCGUCACCCGAACGCCGACAUUCAGCCGCCCGCGCCGAUAUUAAACUCGGCACGAAAAAAUCUCGUUCUUGGUGACGGUCCGGUGACGGCGACGCGACGGUGGACAAACGGUCUUAUGGUGUACAGUGCUUGGAGUUCUGUACAUAUUCGUAAGGCCAUUUAUGCCUCUUUAUAAGGCUGCCUGCACAUUGACACAAAGCGGAGCUUCAGAAGUGAGAAAAAUAAAAUUAAUGUUCAUUUUUUUAUUCAUAUUAAUUAAUGUUUCUCAGUUUCGCAGCCUCGUUCUACUUCAAUGGACAGGCAGUCUAUAGAACUAAGAAGUAUGUGCUGUCCACCUCCGCCGAUUAGUUAUAUUAAAUUACUUAUUGGAUGACGACUGACCUGUCUUAGUCAUAGUUGCGUCAAUCAAUGUAUUAAGUAACUUAAUCGUCGCGCCCGACACAUUUGUAUGGCUUAGUAUUGGUUUCAUACUAUUGUUAUUUAAUUUUCUGAUUUAGAAUAAAAUUAAAAACGAAUUUGUUACAAAACAGCACCAGGUGCUCAUUUGGAAACUAAUCUAGUUCUUGAAAUAAGUCGAACGAAUUAUAAUUAUGUAGAUAUUUUUUUAAUAUCGCUCGUAACAUCUAUAGCACUUUUUU